CCGCCAAACUAGAUUUUGUUUGUUGCUCCUCUAAUUGUUUUGCCUUUUUUGCCGCAUACCUAUUCAUAGGAAACCUACAAGGAGAGGCUUAAUGUCUUUUUCCACAUUCAGAUCCAUCCCCUAAUGGGUUCGUCAACUGAUGCCAACCUUCCAGUUCUGUUUGACCUGAAAUUUAUAAGAAAUCAGACGGAUUUGUACAAGACAGUAGUUGACCGAAUCCGCCUUUUAUAUCCUGAUCUUGAAGAUGACUCCGUGAGCGCCGUAGCAAAGGAAUACUUCCGUGAGAAAUUGAGUAGCGACCCCAUGGAAAUGGCGAGGUCGAUCAAUGGAUUCACGCGCGAUAAAUCUAAGACCAAAAAUUCGGUGAGUCAAAAUAGAACUAGUAUUUCAAAAAAGGAUACCAACAUAGCCGAAAACAAAAGUAACGAAGGGACUCCUAGCGCUAAGUGUGAAACGAAAAAUUCUCAAAACGCGUCAAAAUUGAUAACACAUGGAAACAAAGAAACGACAGCAAAACCUUUACAACCAAAAAUUAAGUCUCCGAAACUGAGGAAUCAUACAGAAAACAGUACAUCUUCGUCCCAUAAAAGCAAACUUCAGAGGAAGACCAAAGAAUCUGCAAAACGAACACAAACGUCUCGGGACGAAGAAUGCGUUGGGAAUGAACACAAAUCUCAAAACCAUAACCGAAAUAACAUAUCAUGCAAUGCAAAGGAGGCGGAGGUUAAAAUCCUACCCAAGCAUAUUAAAUUUGAAGAUUUUCGAAAGUUUACGAACAUAGAAUCCAUAGUAAAGGAAGAUAUUAUUAAGAAAUUUCCAACCAAUCAUAAUAAGUACCUGGCACAGAUAGACAAAUAUAUCAAACGACAUUACGACACUAUUUUCAUCAAAUUGGACAAAUGGCCUGUCUUGAUAAAAUUUCACGAUAGUUCAAUUAAAACUUUGGAGGACCUUAUUUGCGUGAAAAAUCAAAGCUCCAUGGAAAAUCAAAAUAAGCAGGAAAAGCCAAUCAAUCCAUCGCCAGAUAUGUUCCCAUCGAGCGGUGAAACUAAUAAAGAUACAGUCAUCGGGGAGGAAUCAAACCCUGUGGAUCCCAAACUCAUUAAUUAUACUACAACCGACGCUGGAGUGGCACUAACUAAACCGGCAGACAUAGGCCGCACCGCCCUAAACAUAAAUCCUGGGUAUUGUCUAGAACCAAAUCUAACAAGUACAACCAAACUCCCAUCGCCUAUUGAGAAACCCAAUUCUACCUCAAAACAAAAAGUUAGUUCAAAACGAACUAACCCUAGUAUCGGAAAAUCAUCGACAUCGUCUCAUCCAGUAAGAGGCAGAAAUCGUUCAAAUCAGGCACGAUGGGCUUCAAAUGCAGCAGACCAUGAUGUAUGCAACAGUUCUGCAAGUGAAGAUCAACUUCUACCAAGUAAAAUCGUUACUAUAGAAUCUUUUGUUGAAAACUGCGUUCCUCAUUACGAUAAAGAAAAAAACGCGACUGCUGAAAAUGAACGACUUGAAGGAACUGUUGGGAAGGAAAAACCAAGCAACCAAUCCCAAGAUAUGUUUCCAUCAAGUGGUGAGAAUCCUAACAAUGAUAAUAGUCAACCUAAAACUGAAAUAUUUGGAUCUCAAGAAAGUUAUAAAGACAUCGAUUUUUACGACAUGAAUAAUAUUCCAAGCAGCUUAACAUCUGCCAAUCUUCUAUCUGAAAUUAAUGAUCCUUUAGCUUUAAAUUCACAAGAUCCCAGUGCCAAUGGGAAAAACCUGGCCACCAUGAAUAUUUCAAGCAACAGUUCAAGUAAUAGUUCAAGCACCGAAACUUUGAUUUUUAAUCCCGAUGAAAGUGAAUCUCCAGAAGAGAAAGAACCACUAGUUUAUGAAUAUGAAGAAAAACCAAAUAUUACAAUCAGUCCUCAACGUUUUCCGCGAACGGAAACAAAUUUCGAAAACAAACCAUCUACGCGGGAAUCCCUUGCAGUUUGUUCAACUGAGAAUAAUAUUUGUCCAAACAACGAUACCCAGGAACCCCAGGAAACGAUUGUACCCGAUAUAUUAACUCGUUCAUAUCCUAAUGAAACUCCUGCGAUAAAAGUUGAACCAACUGACAAUGAACAAACAUCCCCACCAACCGUAACAAAUGAUAUGUUAAAUGUACUUCAUCAACUGUGCUCUAAAUUAAAAGAUAUCGAAAGUAAGAUAAAAGAAUCGCAACAUUCAAACAAAAAUCUCCUUAAUCUACCCUCCGAAAUAGGGGUAUUCUCAAUAGGCACCACAAACAACGAAAUUGUAAAGAACACAGAAAAUCUUACCAGAAAUUUAGAGAAAUUAGUACAGCUUAACACGAAUGCCAAUAUAAAAACCGAAAAAGUUGAUGAAGUCCAUGAGAGUGUUACGUGCAAAAAUGAACCUACGGAGCCUUCAGAUUCAGAUGUUCAGUUUAUUCCAAAUAAACUCGUGCAGCCAAUAGAAAUCCACGAUUCCGAAUACACGGCCAGUGCAUUGCUUGCGGAAAUGUUCCAUUGUGCUGAAACACCAUCCACUACCCAAGAAUCAAUUUAUAGGAAUCACAUUCCAACUAACGAAGCACUGGAAAUUUCCCCAAGCAAUCUAACAUCCUGCCGGUUAAGCCAAAGUCUAAAUCAAGAAGAUAUCUUUCUAAAUAGGAUGAGUGAGGGCAAUGCGAUAGAACUAAGUGAUCCUAAUGAAAGCAACUGGCAUAGUGCGCCAGAAGAUAACAUACGCCAGCCCGAUCUGCCUGCCCCAAUAGCUGAUCAGAUCGUCGAAAACCACUCUGAUAGAUUUACUCCAGGUGACGAGAAAGAAAAGGUUAACACGGGUACAGACGAAGUGCCUGUGAAACCAACUAUGUUGGAAAAGGUUCAAAAACGAAACAUUGAGCCAUCUUGUGAGGUUAUUCCUAAGGAGAAGAAACUAUGCAAGGAAAAACCAUUUGAAACAUCAAUACAAAAACCCAAGACACCCCUCAUUUCCGUUGAAAAUAACAUUACCAAAUCAGAUCCAACAACCGCCCAAACCAGAAAUAUUUUUAAAAGAAAGAAGAACUCACAACCUAAAUCUACAAAUAAGGUGUCUUGUAAGAAACCCCGACACACAGAGAAAUUAGAUGUUCCACCAGAUACGAUAGUGCCACAGGUGAAGCACAAUUUCCAGCCAUUGGCAUUGGUUUCAACGUCUAAGAAUGGUAAUUCCACUGCUUUGAAGCUCGCAGAAAAGAAAAUACGAGGUGUAAUAUCAAAACUUCAACAGAAGAAAGUUGAAACCAGUAUCGAUCCUGAUUAUUUCAUUGAGGAUGUGACUGAAUGUUUCGAUAGUGACACUGCGUCCCAGGAAGAACGUCUAAACACUUUACAACGAAUAUUAUCUGAAGAUGAAACUUUCUUAAAUAAUUUCAAUACUGAAAUCUUCCGAAAAGACGAUCCUCUAAUGAAAAGUGUAAAUGAUGAGACUGAUUUAGAUCUACAUGAAAAAAGUGUGUCGGGCACCCACAUCACAAUGUUUCAAAUUCCUACCAAUCUUAACUUUUGCUGGAUCACCUUUUUGAAUAUGCAAACAAUCCCCAGAUCAAUAGUCACUCACUUGUAUUAUAACAGCAACUUUCCACUACCAUCUUUUCCUAAGGCCUCGAUGUUACAGUCGAAAUGUAAAAUAGUUCGCGAUGAAUGUUUACGGUUUAGAAUAUCUAGCUUCAAUCUCGAAUUUCAUUUUGAGCUAGAUGCAACGAAUGAGGAAAACAUGAUAAGCUUACUUAGAAUAUUGGAAAUAGUUGUUCCGGAGAAUCAUUCCUGCUCAGCGGAUGACUUAGUGAUCGCCCGAGGAUUGCAGCAUAUACUCGACCAGUUUCGGAGAUUUUCAACUGUUAACAUUCGAGAAGAGUUUUUCAUAUUCAUCGGAGGAGCAACAACGGAAAGGAGUUCGGAACCUAUUUCCCCCCGAAGUAUAAAAUAUGAUGUAUUUCGCGAUUUGUCCAAUAUCAAAUCACUAGUCCGCAAGGUUUUUAUUGGAACAUCUAGGAAAGGUCACAAUGAUUGCAUGGACUGCGUAGAGCCUUUUAUAAAAUACUAUUACGAGGACCAUUUUAAAAAUCUAAAAUCAUGGCCAGAAAAAGUUAAACUUCAAAAUUCUGAAGUACACAUACCGAAAUUAAACAUGAGCAGUGUAGAGGCUAGAAGUCGGAGAAUGCACGACCCAAUAAAUCUAAAACAAUCGGAACAAGACAUCCUCAAGGAGGCAUUAAGGAAAAAAACGCUACAAAUACGGACGCCCAAAGCAAUCAGUCUGGAACAAUUUAGAAAACAUACGAAUAUCAAGAGACUAAUUCGAUCGGAUAUUAAAAGAAAAUAUCCCUUAAAUCCUAAUAAAUAUUUAAAAAAUAUUGAAAAAUACAUAGACGAGUUUUAUGAAAACAAAUUCAAGAAACUGCCGGUUUGGCCAAAACAAAUUAAAUAUAAUGAGAAUCAAGUGUGAUACGCCUCUGCUUGUAACUAUAGUGCAUAUGUAGUCUAAAGUGAAUUCACCUUUGUUGAGAUUUGUUUUCACCUUCAAUUAAAUGUAAAACCUGCUGAUUUGAAGCUGUUCCAUAAAAUUACUAAGGAUUAUAGUUUAAAAAUGUAUAGUUAUUUAUUAAAUCAUAAUUAAAUCAAAAAUGCCCGCAAAAAAUCAUGACCGAGUGAAUGUUUUGAAAACAGGUUUCAUGAGGAAACUGCUAGGUGUAAAUUUAGUCAUUUAGUUUUGAAAAUGAAACUGUAAAUAAAUUUAUC